ACGUAACAGCGGCAGUUUUGGUUUGGGAGCGCGUCCUGUAAACAAAUCACACACGGGGCCAACUAAUCCAGAUUUAUUAAAACAACGGGAAAUCUCGACCUUUGAUAUGAUGCAAAGGUCAAAGAUGGUCCAUGACAGCGCUCAGAUUCGACGAAGAGGAGCCCAUGAUUUUUUGGCUUACUAUGACUUUGCCUGUGCACGACAAGAAUCUGUUCCUCUUCCCGCCGUAACCAUGAAUCUCGACAAAGGGAUGUUGGACUUCAAUGGAGACAGGAUCAAGCUUACAGACUGGCCACCAAUUCUGGACUCCAUUGCAAUUAACAAGCAACUGCAUCAUAUUGCAAUAAGCAGUACUUUUCAAAAUUUGGGUUCUGGAGAUGCAGAUAGAAGAUUCAGUAGGUCUAGUAUGAAGAAAAAGAUUCCAGCCAUUCGCUCAAAGGAAAUGACUCUUAAGUUGUCUAGAGCCCUGAGAGACAUUCUCACCGUGUCUCCUCACCUCAAAACUCUACAGCUUAACGGGUUACCUUUGAGAGAAAGAGAUCUGAUUGUGUUGACGAAGGGAUUAGCAAAAAGUGUUUCCCUGGAGAACCUUUCUCUGGCUAACUGCCCCAUUUCUGAUGAGGGUCUAGAGGUAAUUUGCCAAAGUGUUAAAUAUUCUACAACUAUCAGGACAGUAGAUUUCACAGGAUGUAAUCUGACGUGGAGAGGGGCAGAACACAUGGCUAACAUCAUCAAGCACCAAGGAAUGCAGAGACAUGGUACCGCAUGGGCAGAGUCUCUGAGAUAUCGUCAGCCACAUUUUGAGAGGAUGACCGGCCUUCGACGUGUAACUCUAAACUGUAAUACUUUGAUAGGAGACAGAGGAGCUGCUGCCCUGGCAAACGAACUGGCUGAGGAUCUAUGGGUUAAAGCUGUAGAUCUGCAGAGGUGUGGCCUUUCUAAUGAAGGUGCUCGACGAUUGCUUGAAACUUUGAAAACUAACUCCACAUUAUCUGUUCUGGAUGUUCGUAGUAAUCCUUUAAUUGACAAAGUUCUUAUUAAAACUAUUUUGGAGAAAGUGCUCAUGAAUGCUGAUGGAGAAUCGCCAGAGUAUAACUGGAUCAAGCCUGUAGCCAUUGAGUCUCAGAGGACUGCAGCUCAUAAAAGACGAGCCUUACCUGCUUCAUUUAGAGGAAAAUCUACUUUAAGAAAUGGACUGAAAGCAAAAUCUUCAGUAGUUGUAAAUUCUAGAGCGAUGCACCAAAAGCCAUGUUCUCGUUCACACUGUAUUCCCUGGAGAACUGCUGCACGCGCUGGACGACAGAGAGGUUUACCUCCUGGAGCGACUGUGGUUGAUCAAAGUUUUCAGGGUGCUGCUACUGUAAAGGUUACUAUAGAAACUGAUUCAGAGGAAGACAAUAGUGAAGAGGAUGAAGUUGUGGUUGAGGUAGAGGAGAAACCAUCUUCACCAGUGAAACAAGACAAAAUCACAGAACGACAAUUUGGACGUUUACAGAUGGAGCUAAGAGAAUGCCGUUUGAUGCUGUCAGAGGAGCGUAGGACCAGACUCAGAGCUGAGAGCAGACUCAAGGAGUUUGAGCUGGAGAACGCACGUCUCCGUGCUGCUAACCUCUCCCUGUCUGAGACCCUCGCCAACUCUGCGUCGGCCCCUGCAGCUUUCAGUGCUCUGGAAGAUGAGGCUGUGCUGGAGAGUAUAGAGAACUCAUUUAAAAAGUUCCACGCUUUUUUGGAUCUCCUCAAGGAUGCUGGCCUAGGCCAACUAGUCUCAAUGGCUGGACUUGAAAAAUCGGAUUUUCAGCCAAUUGGAAAACCUCAGCUUUCCUCGACCAUCGCACCACCACUUAGUCCUACAGUGUCUCAGAAUCAACAAGUGAACCAGUGUGGAGUCAUGCAAACAGAGAUGCAUCCUACAGCCAAGUCCCUGUCUCCUCCACCUACCGCCCAGGCUGUCGUCAUGCCAACCAACUCAUCUUCAUCCUCAUUGGCCUCCUCUCACAGAGAUAAACCGCUGGACGUGAUGUUUACGCAGACUACAAGAUCACCCAUAGUGCCUGGAGUGAGCGGAGAAGUGACCAUGGACCAAAACUCAAAGCUCAUUCAUAAAUCUGGUUCAGAGCAAAGUAUUUACAGUCAGAAAUCUUUAGAAGACUUGCGAAAAACCUACCAGACUGAACAAAGUCACUCCCCACACAGUAAAUCCCAUCAUAGCAACAGUUCCCAUAGGUACAGUGACGGUUCCCAUGGCAGCGACCGGUUGUCGUCAAGGUCCAGCAUCAGUGAGGUCAUCAGCGAGAGAGCGGAGUCUGUGAGGUCACCGGAGUCGAGGAAAGACGGGUUCAAAGGUCGCUUGGCGUCAGGAGGCUCAAUGAGCAGUGACAAUGACAUGGCAGACAUUUUGCAUCAGAUCUCGUCUUUAAGGGGAAUGGGGGCACAGUCUUUCAAUUCACUUUUCUGAUAAGACUCAUUCAGAAAUUUAUAGACUGAAAAUCUUUAAUCUUGAAAACCUUGUUAAUUACAAUUUUAUUUAUAUACUUGAGGCAAUUUUCAACUAUAUUUGAUCCUGAGUAUUUUAUAGAGCCAAGGACAAUGCAGGAUAAUCAUUAAAAGCAAAAGAAGGAUUAAUCACCUGCUUGUCUCCAUGAUGUUAUUGUUCUGCCUUGAAUGUUCCACUGUAUGACAUUAAACUCGUCUGUCUCCAUGGAGACAAGUAGGCACACCAACAGGCCAAGAUACAGGUCAGAUCUGUAGAUUGCCUCCCUGUAAGAAUGCAUGUUUUUCAAGUUUUUUUUUUUUUUUUUUACAUUUCAAUUAGGUGGCGGAUCGUCUACUGCAAAAGUUACAUAACCCAUCUUUAAGCUUGCCUUGGAUCCAGAGUAUGUAAUUCUUCAGAACGAAGCUGUAAGUUUGAUUACCGAUGAACUUCUCAGAUUUCAAAUAGGUGUGAUUGACAGGUGGAUUAGCCAAUCGGGGGCAUACAAGAUCCAUCCAUAUUGGAAAAUAUAAAGGAAAAAUAUAUCAUAGGGGACUGAGAAAUAUGGCGGAUUUCUGCAGAAUCAAUGAGCGACGCACUAAACUUUCUUAAAUCUGAAGGAAGAGAAAUGCAAGUUUGAUUGUAAAUGAUAGGUGACCAAUGAGGUCCUUCGUUUGAUUGGACGAUCAUCUUUGACCGAGCUUGAGGCGUGACGGGGAUGUGGGUACUAGACUGGUAUCAAUCUGUAUAAAAAACACCAAGAUAUUCUGGAUUUGUCAGGCAACCUUUAAGAUACUUGGAUCAAAUUCCUGCUCAUGUUUGCGGUUUUACCUAAAAUGUAAAAAUCUCACAUUUCAUAUCCAUGACAUGUUUUAGAGUUAGUUUAGUAGAGUGAGUUUCAAUGAUAAUGGUGACUACACAAUGUAAUCAUUUGUAAUUUCUUAUAAUGGAUGAAGUUGCACACAUUUAAAAUAGUUGUGCUGGUGCAACAAAUAGAAAAAAAAGUGCCUUAGUAUUCAGGUGUUUCAGCUUCUUGUUUGAAGGAACUGUUGAGGACUUUUCUCCAUUCGGGUUAUAUCAUAUUUUGUUUCAAGUUAUUAAUUGAUAUGACAGUGGUCUUUGUUUUCUAUCAUUCUGAAACCCAUGGAUAAAAGUUGCAAUAUAGGUUCUCAAUCUUAGUCUUGAGCAUCUGUUUUAAAUGAAUGGUAUGUUUGAGUUUACACCCUCAAGGUUCACUUAGCCUCAUAAACUACAUUCAUGAUACUGUACUGUUCAUUACAAGCUCAGACUGGGUUAUACAAGAUGUAAUUACCUGUGAAUUGUUGGUAAUUAAAGUUAAAAAGCCACAUUGGCCACAUGUGUCUGGGUGAGUCUUGUUCCAAUGUUAAAAUUGUUUACAGUUUUUUUAUUCUGCCUGGCUGAAGCUCUGUUACUCUACUUAGGCUUUAAUCUGAGCCUUGUUUUAACACAAUCUGACCAAAAACAAUUGACUUAGCUGAAACUACAACAGGUGAGCUGAUUUUCUACAGUUACAGUCUUAAAUUAGAAAAGCACUCAGAGAGCGCAGACCUCCGCCAAGGACUACCCCCAUUUUUUAUAUAAAUUGCGAUAAAAUCAGUCUUCUGGAUCAGAUCCGGAUCAGCCUUUGGAAUAUGAAAGAGGAUCCCAUUGUCCAUCCCUGAGUCAAAUUUCAUGGGGUUUGGUCAAUAAUUAACCGAGAUAUUGAGAAACAAAAUUUUUGGCCCCAUUUACCACAAUGUUAACUAAAAUUUCAAAGUGAUCCAGAAUCCAGAAUUUCUUCCGGAUCACCCCCAAAAUGAAAUCAGUUCUUCCUUUUCACAUUUCCAACAAAUCCUGAAAAUUUCAUCAAAAUCGGUCCAUAACGUUUUGAGUUAUGUUGCUAACAGACAAACAAACAAACAAACAAACAAACAAAACAGACAAACACCAGCAAAAACAUAACCUCCUUGGCGGAGGUAAUAACAUUACAGCCACAACUUAGGAUAGCCAGCAUAAGCAAAGUCACCUUUUUUGUAGGAAAUCAAACAACUAAAUGG